AUGGAUUCUAAUAGUGAUAUGGAGUUAUCAAUUAAUCAGACUCAGAAGGAUUCACAUAUAGAAAAUGAAAAUAAAGCUGAAGACACAACUGAUUCAAACAAAAAAACAAAUGUUUGUACAGAUGAAAUACAAGAAUCAUUAAUUCUCAAAGGAGAUGAAGAAAUUGCUAAUGUAAGUCAAGCUAAUGAGAAAACAGAUGGUAUAGAAGAUGAAGUGCAAGAAAAAUUAUCUGAUGAAAAUUCAAAAAGUAUUAAAGUAUCAAAUACUGAAUUGUGUCAAGAAAAUGUUUCAGAAGAAGGUAACUUACAAGUGAACAAAUUAAGCUUACAAGAAAGUAACAUAAAUGUAACAGUUACAGACUGCAAUGAUGUACAGUCAACUUUAUAUGAAAGUACUACAAAAACUGUUUCACAGGAAGAAAGUUCAGGAACAUCAAUAAUAUCCAACACCAUAGACAAAGAUGACACAGACAAUUUACCAGAUAGAACAGAUACAAUAGAACAUGCAGAAGCUCAGAAAUGUUUAGUGGAUACUCCAGAGGAAACUGAAAUUUUAGAAAGUGACAAUGCUGAAGAUACAUGCAGUUUAAACUUAACAGAAAAAGAAAUUGAUGACAAUGUUUUAGAAGAUUCACAAACAAAUAAGUUAUUUCUUAAUGAAAAAGAUAAUACAGAUAAUAAAAAGACUGAUUCAAAAGGAACAUUAGAAGAUUGUGAUAGAGAUGUGGCAGAAAAAAAUAUUAUAGAACCAGAAAAUACAGAAUUUGUACAGUUUUCUCAGGAAAAACAUGGAGAUGCACAAAUGGAAAAUCAAUCUAUAGAUGCAGAAGAUCCUUUUGGUGGAGAUAAUCUUACUGUUGAAAGUAUAGAACCAAUGGACACUGAUGAUCUGAAUGAAACUGAUAUAAGUUUUUCUAAAUUAUGCAACCAAGCUGAUGAUUUACAAGAUAUUGUAAAUAACAGGGAAAGCGAUUUUAAUAAUGAUAAGCCAGAUGAAAAUGAAGGAAACAAAAAUAUUCCUAUUGAUGUUUUACAUUCUCCAGAUACAAUACAAAACACUGAUAAGAAUAGUAAUGAAAAUUCAGUUGAUGCAGAACAUAAUGAAAAUUUGAACACAGAAGAUGUUACUUCAACUGAGAAAUGUGAUGCACAAAAAAAGAAAACUGUCAGUGACAUGACAUCAAUGGAUACUGAAGAAGAACAAUCUAAUGUUUUACCAGGACAAGAUGAUGAGUUAUGUAUUAUUCCAGAUAGUAUGAAAGUAAUAAUUCCUGGACAAACGGAAAAAUCAAACUCUAAUAACAAAGAAUCUCUACAUGAAAGUAGUCAUGAACACAGUGAAGUUCAAGAAACUUGUUCGAAUAAUGAACCAAAGACUGAUGCAAAUGAAAGUUUGCAGCAAACUUUAAAAGAAUCAAAUACUCUAAAUGAAAAUAGUGUAGCAGAAGCAGAAGCAGAAGAUGUUCAAGCAGAGAAAGAUUCAACUAGUACAGUUACAACUACCACUGCAGAUGUUAUUAACAUUGACGAAGAGUCAAAAAAUUCUGAAAUUGAAGAAAUCACAACAAAAGAAAUUUGCAAACAGUGUAAUGAAGAGAAAUCAUGUAAGAUUAAAGUAAAAAUUGGUUUUGAUGCAUACAAUGUGUGUUCAAAAACUUGUAAGGCAUUAUUCAAAGUUGCUAAUAAUAGGGCUAUGGAUAUACCCAGUGAUGGAGUCAAUUCUAAGAGAGAGAAACGUUGUGCAAACUGUUUACUGAUUGUUGAACCUAAUGAUGAACGUAAUCUUUCUUGGGAAACAAUGGAAUUCUGUAAUGAGGAAUGUUUAGGUAAAUUUCAAACAAAAUAUGGAAGUUAUUGUAGAAACUGCAAUGGUUCAGUACAGGCAGUAAGUUUAGGAAAAUACUGUGUGCGAUUUGGCUAUGAUGUUAGACAGUUUUGUUGCUCUACAUGUUUAGAGGAGUUCAAAAAAGGCUUAAAGGUGUGUAGUUAUUGUCUAAAAGAUAUAAGUUCCAGUACAGAAGGAUUUCUUGCACCAGUUGGUGAUAAAGGACAAUUUAAAGAUUUUUGUACUCAAGAUUGUAUGGAAAAAUAUUCAAAAAUGAGUUCUGUUGAACCCCCAAAUAUGGAAACAAAAUGUUGCAGUGUUUGCCAAGAAGAAAAAGUUGUUCAUUGUGAAGUACAAAUAGACAGAUCUGAUCCAGUAGCUAUUUGCAGUGAACCAUGUUUUGCAGCAUUUAAAUUUGUGAAAAAGGUUGAUCCUGAUCAGUGUUCUACUUGCAAAAAAUUUUUUGAAUUACCUAACAAAAAAAGUUCUGUUGUAUUUUACGAGAACGAGGCUCAUAUGUUUUGCUCGAAAACUUGCUUAAACAUAUUUAUUAUUACCAAUAGGAAAAUUGUUCCUUGUAACUGGUGCAAAGUAAAAAAAUAUAAUUUUGACAUGAUUAAAAAGGAAUUAAAAACAGGUCAAGUGAUGAUGAUGUGCAGUUUAAAUUGUUUAACGUUGUAUCAGGUUUCUAUUAACGCAGUUUCAGCGAAACGAAUAAAUUGUGACUUCUGCAGGGAAUUCUCUCAAGCACAGUAUCAUUUAACAAUGUCAGAUGCAACAAUACGAAACUUUUGUUCAUAUCAUUGUGUAAUGAACUUCCAAGCUCAGUAUACGAAAUCUCCUAUUACAAUACCGACGGGGGACGAUCCUGUGCCUACUGGUAUGCCUAAAAGAACAUUACCGCAGAGAAACGCAAAUUCGAACAAUCAGAAGGCUAGUGAUAUACAAAACAAAAAGAACAUGCCUGUAAUUUCUUCUGUGACAAGUUUAGCCGCAAUAAGAAAUGGACAAUCCAGUCCAACGACGCAACAGAACAAUGUAAAUAACAUGGUAGUACCUUCAGUUGCUAUCAGUCAAAAUCAGACACCACAAGUAAUUUAUAAGCAACACGUUAUAACGAGACCGCCAAGUCCAGUCCAAAUUCACAAUAAAACAACUCAAUGUAAACCUGUGAUGCACACGAAAGGAGUUUCAGUACGUCCACAUCCUUGUACAAAAGCUACGCAAACAGACGGAGUUCAACAAGCAGUUGUACCGAUACCAGUUCCAAUUUAUGUUCCAUUUCCAGUACACAUGUAUUCCAUGCCUUUCCCAGUUCCAGUACCUUUUCCAUUACCAAUUCCUGUACCUAUUUUUAUACCUACAACAAGAAAUAGUGCUAAGGGAAUAUUUAAAGAGAUUAAAAGAAUACAGGAAAAAAUACCAGCAGAUCCUUUCGAAGCUGAACUUCUAAUGAUGGCAGAAAUGGUUGCAACGGAGAAAAAAACUAACGAGACUGAUUCGGAUUCAGCAGAUGAUAGAGAUGAAGAUACUGGCGAUCGUGAUCAUUCACACAGUGGAGAUUUCAGUCCAGAAGGAGUUGAUUCUAGUAAUACAUUUGGCGAUGACAUGUUACAAAUGGCUUUAAAAAUGGCAACUGGAGAAUUGGACGAGCCAGCUGUUGAUUUAGAAGCUGCUUUAACUCCAAACACAAUCACUGCUACGCAAGCACCAGCGCAACCAGAUACAACUAUGGAAAGCGAUGUUCAAUCGGAGCGAUUAAUCGUUUCCUCUCGGGGAAGAAAGCGAAUGGUCCCAUAUAAGCCACGAUCUACUCCAAAUAAGCGAGGAAGACGUGUAUCUGGCACAAACGAUAUGCCUUUGAUGCCACCUCCUGAACCCCAGCCUCCGCCUCAACCGAGAAUUAUAGAACCCAUAGAAAAACCAGAUGCUAAUAUGGCACUCAAGUAUACUUUCGGUGUUAACGCAUGGAGACAAUGGGUAGUUGCAAAAAAUGCUGAAUUAGAAAAACAAAGUACACCAUUGAGAAAAAUGAAAUUAUUUAAAACAGAUCUUUUGCAACUCACAGCAGAUGAAUUAAAUUAUUCAUUAUGCCUCUUUGUGAAAGAAGUUAGAAAACCAAAUGGAGCAGAAUAUGCUCCUGACACGAUAUAUUAUCUCUGUUUAGGAAUACAGCAGUAUUUAUUUGAAAAUAAUAGAAUAGAUAACAUUUUCACGGAUUCAUAUUACGAAAGAUUUACAGACUGUUUAAACGAAGUUGCAAAGAAAUUUUCUGUUCUUUAUAAUGAUGCACAAUAUAUUGUUACAAGGGUCGAAGAAGAACAUUUAUGGGAAUGUAAGCAGUUAGGUGCUCAUUCUCCUCAUGUCCUUUUAAGCACUCUAAUGUUUUUUAAUACCAAGCACUUUAAUCUUGUAACAGUAGAAGAGCACAUGCAGCUAUCAUUUUCUCAUAUCAUGAAGCAUUGGAAACGUAAUCCUGCUGCACAACCUACUGCAACAACAGGGAAAGUUCCAGGUUCUAGAAAUGUUCUUCUUCGUUUUUAUCCACCACAAUCAGCAUUGGAAGGCAAUUCACGUAAAAAGAAGGUAUAUGAGCAGCAAGAAAAUGAGGAAAAUCCAUUAAGGUGUCCAGUUAAAUUAUACGAGUUUUAUUUGUCUAAAUGCCCAGAAAGUGUCAAGACUCGAAAUGAUGUGUUCUAUUUACUACCUGAAAGAAGUUGUGUGCCAGAUAGUCCAGUAUGGUAUUCAACAUCACCACUGGCUAAGGAACAUCUCAUAAAAAUGUUAUAUCGUAUUAAAAUGGUUAAAGAAAUUAAUGUGGCAUUAUUAACUAGUUAAUUUUACGUUCGCAUAUUUAUCUUCUCCCCGUUAAUUCGGAUAACGUAAUAUAAAGAAAAAAAAGAUA